AGCUGCUUCCGUUCCUCUGCCCGCCAUGCCGUUUCUAGAGCUGGACACGAAUUUGCCCGCCAACCGAGUGCCCGCGGGGCUGGAGAAACGACUCUGCGCCGCCGCUGCCUCCAUCCUGGGCAAACCUGCGGACCGCGUGAACGUGACGGUACGGCCGGGCCUGGCCAUGGCGCUGAGCGGGUCCACCGAGCCCUGCGCGCAGCUGUCCAUCUCCUCCAUCGGCGUAGUGGGCACCGCCGAGGACAACCGCAGCCACAGCGCCCACUUCUUUGAGUUUCUCACCAAGGAGCUAGCCCUGGGCCAGGACCGGUUCCAGGUGAGGUUCACGGGAGACUCACAGAGUAGUGAAAGACCAUUGGCCUGGAUGUCUAGACAUCUGCUUUCUGGGUCCUGCAUAGCUGGGGGACCCCAGACAAACUUGGAAAUGAACCAUCUCCAGUUGGCAACCUCCUCUUCUGUGAAAACGGGAAAGACCUCCCUCCCCAACAAGAAGCCUCUACAACCCAAACCUGGUGUUCUGUGACCGAGUUAAAGUUUCCUCUUGGGUAAAAGAUAUUCUUGAGCCACAUCCAUGUCUAGGAGGAAGUAAGGGCAUGAGAAGCUUGGAAGGACACUGUCCAGGCAUGGUGGCUCAUGCCUGUAAUCCCAGCACUUUGGGAGACCAAGGCGGGAGGUUCAUUUGACCCAGGAGUUGUAGACUAGUCUGGGUAACAUAGUGAGAUGCCAUCCCCCAAAACAGUUUUAAAAAUUAACCAGACAUGGUGGUGUGCACAUGUAGUCUCACUUAGUUGGCAGGCUGAAGUGGGAGGAUGGUUUCAGCCCAGGAGGUUGAGGCUGCAGUGAGCUAUGAUUGCGCAUUGCACUCCAGCCUGUGUGGCAGUGAGACCUUGGCUCACAAAAAAAGACCUGAAAUGGAGCCUUUGUUAGUCCAUGAAGGUCGGUGAGGAAUGGCUGAUCCUGCUAGGUCCUCCCUCAAGCUACAGAGGAAUAAUACAGUCAGCCCCCUGUAUCACUGGGUUCCGCAUCUGUUGAUUCAAACAACCAUGGAUUGAAAUAUUAGAGAAAAAAAAUUGAUAACUGCAUCUAUACUGAAAAUACGUAUAGACUUUAUUCCUUGUCAUUAUUCCCUAAACGAUACAACUAUUUACAUAGUACGUACAUUAUAUUAGGUAUUUUAAGUAACCCAGAGAUUAUUUAAAGUAUGAGAGGAUGUGUGUAGGUUACAUGCAAAUAUUACACCAUUUUAUGUAAGGGACUUGAGCAAAUGUAGAUUCUGGUUUCCUCUGGGGAUUCUAGAACAAAUCUCCCAUGGAUACUCAGGGAAAACUGUUACUCUAACAACAAGUGUUAUACACUUACCAUGUGCUAGGUACUCUACAGGUACUUUACACUCGUGAUCCCAUUUGAUCCUUACAAUCCCUGUCCACUCUCCCUUUGCACAGACAAGACAUGUUAUCCCCAUGAGGUAGAUAAUCUCCAUUAUGCCAAUUUUAUGAUGAGAAGACUAAGGCUCUUCAUACUCCCCUGCCCUCAGCCAGGCUGUCCCAAGCUGUGGCACUCCUCACUGAAAACUGCUGUCACCUCUGAGAGGGGCAUGUUGACUUAUGGCACAGACAUUAGUGGUGGGGGGGUCACCCUGUGCCCAACCUUUGAGAAAACAGGUGGCUGAGGUACCGUGUCCUUAGGGAGUCUGCAAUUAGGAGGAGGCAGAUUGCCCCUCAGCCCACAGACUGACAGAGAUGAUGGAGUGUGCAGCACACACGAUGAGGCUACUGUGUUGAGUGUCUGUCCUAGGUGGGUCAUGCUGAUAUGAAGCCACCAUCCCACACCUGAGUGUCCUACUGCCCUGCUGGGGGUUGGGGAACGCUCAUUACCGGGAUGAGCAUGUUUGCAAAAUGGCCUGAGGUGGGAGGAUCACUUAAGCUCAGGAAUUCAAGACCACCCUGGGAAACAAAGUGCGACCCCAUCUCUACAAAGUCAUACAAUUAGCCCAGCAUGGUGGCAUGAACCUGUGAUCCGAACUACGUGGGAGGCUGAGGCAGGUUUGUUUAGGCCCAGAAGGUCGAGGCUGCAAUAAUGUGAGUUUCAACCACUGCACUCACUCCAUGCUGGCUGCCUUUGGAUUGUUCCUAAUUGGAUGGUUUUGCUUUCAACAGACACUCCAAUAAAGUACACGAAAUAAAGAAUAAAGUUAAA